CCAUGGAUAAAAUUUCUGGUUGCUACAUGUAUUCCAUUCUUAUUGUUUAUUUGGUUACUUUUCCAAGGUAUUCAAGGUAUAUUGAAUUCUGAUUCUGAUUUAAUCUCUUCAGUAAGUCAACCAAAUGUUAUUGUUGAAACUGCAACAGGAAGAGUUAUGUUAGCCAGCGACAAUCAAUUCCAUGGAAAUAUUUAUUCUGAAUAUUGGUAUUUGUAUGGGGCAUGUGUUGCAUUUCUUACAAUUGUGCUUGCAAUCUCUACUCUGUCGUUUAUAAAGAAUUUCAGCACAGAAAUGGAAGCUUUUAGGAAUGAAUGUAAUGUUUUUGUGAAUAUCGGCUCUUACCCAGGCCUUUGUUCUUAUCUUAUAUCUAUCAUUUCCAUAUUUUUUAUUUCAUAUUCACUUCUGGAUUUGCUAUUUGGGAAUCCAGGAUUAUUAUUCCUUUUGUUAAUUGUGGUUUGGUUAUUUACUUGUUAUUUGUUACUGAAUUUUAUUAGUAAUUAAGUGUAUCUAAUCAACAAGAUCCCAUACCAUUUGAGUUAUGGAAAUUAUUAUAAUCUUACAGAUAUAAAAUGUAGAAUUUAAUAAGCAAACUUAUAACCUUUAUUGAGAGCCCUAUAAAAGCUCACAUUUAAUUUGCGCGAUAGUUUACAAUGGUUCAGCCCCCUAUGAACAAUAUCAAUAUCAAUGUUUUGAGUUACUAUUUCAUCGAACAGACUUAUAAUAUGACAUUCAGCCUAUUGUAAGUAUAAUGCUUAAAUAUAAUUACAAUAAAGUAGAAUAGUUAAUAUGUAAAACUUAACUCUUAGUUAAAUUACAAUGUAGAAGAUCCUUAUUUCGUGCU